UUUGUUUCUACUUCAUUUGUCGUUCGGUAUGUCGAGUUAAUAGUGUGUAACAGUCGGUGUCUGUCGUGUAAAUCGUAAAAAUCCCAAUUUGACGGUUAUGUACUAGUUUUGCUCACCGAACUGCUGGCUCGAAGUAGCAAAAGCUAACGUGUAUGUGACAAAGAUGAGGCUUGAUGAUGGAGGAUGUUGUUCUUUACCACCGUCUCGAAGGCUCCGAUGGACUAAAUGAUUUAAUCGCAACCACUGAAAAGCUCCUGGAGCCUUUACCCUGCCGUCCUCCCCCCGUUUUUUCUCCGUGGUUCGCAUACUCAUCAGCAGAGCGCCCGCCGCCCAUCAGACCGGCAAAACCUGCCCCCGUCAUCCGGGCGGCUGAUUUGAAAAAUGGCAGCGGAAUGAACGGACCUUUAAACUCGAUUUCCGCUAAGAAGAAGCGGUCCUGGAACGUGUUGGCUUCCAAAGGGGGGCGUCAGCGCAUGCCGUCGCUCUCGAGACGCUUCUAUCGCACUCUGUCCGCACACGCCUUGCACCCGCAUCAGAGGUCCAAGUGGGUCAUUAGUCAGCAAAACUGUGGCGCCGCACGAGAUAUCGAACAGGUGUGGCGAGCCCUGAGCAGAGCCGCCCAGCGUGCUGGCUUGCCCACGUGCAAUGCCAACAUCCAGCGCGAGCGGGCCGAGAUCUGGGUCUUCUGCGACGUCAUGUACUCUGAACAAGUGGGCCACUUCCUGAAGGAGCGUCUGCAGCUGUCAGGAAACAUCGCGCUGUCCGUGCACAGGCUCGGAGACGUCUUCAUCUUGUAGCGAUUGACGACGGUUCACUCAAAUCAACAAACGGGAGGCUUUGGGCAAACACCUCGUGUCCAAUAUCUAUCAAGUAUGUCCACUGUAUGUGGUAAAACCUGGACAUAAUCAAGAUGAUCAACUAACAAGUGAUCUUUACAGGCAAUUUUAAAUGUCUGAAAUAAGUUAAGCACUUUUAUUCAAGUAAUGACACUGCAGUCAUUCUGCGUUGGUCCACUGGUUUGAUUUCUGAAGUUGAAUUUUGGUUUUUAAUGAUGUCGGAUUAUGAAAUCAAUGUAAAUCGUAAUCUUUCUUAAAUGAAAUUAAACAUGUUUUGUAUAUAGAUCACGAGACAGGAGCUCUCAGACAUAUGUUGAACAAUGGAGAAAGAUUGUCACUUGUUUGACACUCAAUGGGCGAGUAUUCAUUAUAAAGACCUCUAUUUAUACGCAAAAAAAAAAAAAAAAAAACACCUGAAAGGUCCUGGUGUUUUCCUUUUACGGUAAUAUUUUCCACUGUAUGUAUGUAUUGUGUAUGUGUAAAUAAA